GUUGUCUCAUUUUGCUCGCUACAAUGGAUAAUUGUUUAUUGACCACGAACAUGUGAAAGGAUCCAAAUUCGAUAUAUAUAUAUAUAUAUAUAUAAAUCGCUCUCUCUCUCUCCAGAUCCAAAAGAGGUUUCACACUGCUCCGAUCAUCAUCAUCAUCAAUCGAUUUAUUCUUGUUUUUUCCGAGCAAGGAGCUUUCUUUGUUGCUAAAGAGUUUGAUGUUAUAUCCCUCCUGGCACCUUAAUUUAAAUGAUGCUUGGUGGAAAGACUUACAUAUUCAGAGGAAGUGUAUCACUUGCUUUAGUUGUCCUCAUCUUUUUGAUGCUAACACUCCUGGUCUCUGAGGAAAACCCACUUCGUGCUUCUCUCUUUGAUGCACAACUUCAGUUCUCAGCUUCUCCUCCUCCUCCUCCUCUUCCUUCUCCUUCUCCUCCUCCUCCUCCUCCUCCUCCUUCUUCUUCUUCUUCUUCUUCUUCUUCUUCUUCUUCUUCUUUUUCAGUUUGUAACUAUGCAAAAGGAAAAUGGGUUAAAGACAAGAAGCGACCGUUGUACUCUGGUUCUGAAUGUAAGCAGUGGUUAUCAUCCAUGUGGGCCUGUAGAGUAAUGGGCAGACCUGACUUCUCUUUUGAAGGUUACAGGUGGCAGCCGCAAGGUUGCAACAUGCCACAGUUUGACAGAUUCACCUUCUUGACAAGAAUGCAGAAUAAGACGAUAGCGUUUAUAGGAGACUCGUUGGGACGGCAACAGUUUCAGUCUCUGAUGUGUAUGGCCACUGGUGGUGAAGACAGCCCAGAGGUUCAAAACGUGGGAUGGGAGUACGGUUUAGUGAAACCCAAAGGAGCUCUCCGUCCUGAUGGUUGGGCGUAUCGUUUCCCCACCACAAACACAACCAUCUUAUACUAUUGGUCCGCUAGUUUAUCAGAUUUGGUCCCCAUGAAGAACACUGACCCACCUCGUCUCACCGCGAUGCAUCUGGACCGUCCACCAGCGUUUAUGAGAAACUACCUCCACCGUUUCGAUGUGUUGGUUCUAAACACGGGCCACCACUGGAACAGAGGCAAGAUAGAAGGCAACCAUUGGGUGAUGCACGUGAACGGCACACAGGCCCAAGGCGAGUUUCUUAAAGAUAUAAGUCACGCUAAGGUUUUUACGAUACGCAGCGUUGCGAAGUGGCUAGACGCAGAGCUUCCGCUGCAUCCGCGGUUGAAAGCUUUCUUUAGGACGAUAUCUCCGAGGCAUUUUAGGAACGGAGACUGGAACACGGGAGGGAACUGUAACAACACGGUCCCUCUGUCUAGAGGAAGUGAAAUCAAUGGUGAUGAUGGAUCGGUUGAUACGACGGUGGAGAGUGCUGUGAAUGGGACGAGGAUCAAGAUUCUCGAUAUAACUGCACUCUCUGAGCUGAGAGAUGAAGCUCACAUCUCAGGAUCUAAACUCAAACCUAGAAAACCUAAAAAAAUGAAGAGUAACGUGACAUCCACGGCUCCAGUGGUUAAUGAUUGCUUGCAUUGGUGCUUACCUGGGGUCCCAGAUACUUGGAAUGAACUCUUCAUUGCUCAGAUUUAAAAAAAUACUCAAAACACCAUUUAUAGGUAGUUCAGUGGAUUUGGCUCUGUUUGAUUAUUUGUUAUAGAAAAGGUUUUGGUUUUCUAUUAAACAUUCUUUCUCGGAGAAAAACAAAAGGCUAUAGCUGAGUUUGUUUGUCUUUUACAACUGAUAUACAUUUACAGAUGGUUGAUUCA